AUGUUUAGAGAUCGAACGAAAUUAUUUCUAUCGUAUAGAAGAACUAUAUCACGAGAUAUCCCACUUACAACAUCCACACAACCAUAUCGAGAUAAUUUUAAUGAUUCAUCAAUUCAAGAUCCAUUUUAUGAUGAAUCAGAGAAAGAUACAUUAAUAUUUGGAUCAAGGAAAAAUAAAAAAUCAAUGGAUUCAGAAGAUAUAGAAAUGAAAUCUGUAAAACCAUCAAAAUUUGAAAUAUCAAAUGAUUUAAAUAAUUAUUUAAAACAAAUUGAAAUUGAUACAAAAGAUUUAAAUUCAUUAUAUAAACAAUUAAUAAUAACUAAUAAACAUGAUAAAAAGCAAUUAGAAUCAAAAAUUGAAGAUUUAAAUUACAAGAUAUUAAUAAAUUUUGAAAAAUGUUAUGUAAGUAUAAAAAAAUUUGAAAAUCUUGCGAAAAAUCAUGAAAAAUUAAAAUUAGGUUAUAAUAAUUAUGAUUUAGAAAUUUUAAAUAAUUUGAAAUUGAAAAAUGUUUCUAAGAUCCAGACUGCAUUAAUUGAAUUUAGAAAUUUACAAAAUAAUUAUAUAAAUUUUUUAAAAGAUGAAGAUGAUGAAUUAGAUAAUUUAAUUAAUUUAAAAAAUUUUAAAAAUUCGAAUAAUAUUGAUGAAUUUAGUAAACAAAUUAUUGAAAACACUUCAUCAAAUGGACAACCGCAGCAACAAUUACAACAACAACAACAACAAUUACAAACUAACGACCCUUUACUCAAUCAAAGAGAAAAAGAAAUAAAUAAAUUAGCAAUGGGAAUAUUAGAAAUAAGUACAAUAUUUAAAGAAAUGUCAUCAAUGGUUUCACAACAAGGUACAUUAUUAGAUAGAAUUGAUUAUAAUUUAACAAAUACAUCUCAAGAUUUAAAUCAAGCAAAUAAAGAAUUAAUUAAAGCUCAAUCUUAUCAAAAAAGAUCAACAAAAUGUAAAAUUAUAUUUUUCUUGGUUUUAUGUGUUUUUUGUUUAUUAUUGAUUUUUAUGUUAAGACCUGGUGGUGGGAAAACUAAAAUUAUAGAAAAACCUGGUAAUAAUGAUAAACCUACGAAUGAUAAACCAAGUGAUGAUAGACCGUCAAAUGAAAGACCUAAUGAUGAUGAUAAACUGCUGACUGAUGAUUCUUCUGAUAAUGUAGUAAAUAAUGAAAUAAAUCAUCCAAAUUCAAAUAUAGAUGGAACAAAAGCUAUAGGUAUAGAAUUAAUAUAA